AUGAGAAGCCGCCAGUUUGUGCGGAGUAUCUUCCUUAAUUCUGGUCCCCGAGUGGCUGGGUUGAAGCGGGACCCUGAGGUGGCGGCUACCCUCGUCAACGGGUUACGCUACGAGAAGCUGCCGGCGACGUUAGCCCCGGUGAAGGCGUUGCUCACCGACAAGUACGCCAUUCUGGACGACCUCGCCCUCCAGGUGAUCACCCACAAGUCAUUCCUCAACGGGAUCAAGCCCUACAAUGAAAAAUUGGCGGCGUUGGGCCACAAGGUGUUGAACCUCUACUGUGCCAAAUACGUGACUCUGGGCCCCACCACCAACAACGAGACCGCGGUCAACGGCCACAAUUUGGACGUGUUGGGAAGCCCGAUGGCGCGUGAGCUUUCGGGGAAGCUUGCGGCAGGGUUGUUUGCCAAGAGCAAGGGGUUAAGCGACGGCAUGUUCUGGAAGCUGGCCAACCAUGAGUUGUCGUUCGAGGCUCUGGGGGAGAUGACGGUGGCGGCACACAUGGUGUACGCGUUGGUGGGGGCGGUGGCGGUGUCGCAUGGCAAGCAGGUGGCCGAGCAGUUCAUUGCCGAACACAUGACGCCGGCGUUGGAGGCGAUUACGGUUAAGAUCGUCGACGAUCUGACGGCGGAGUGA